AUAGGCCAUGCCAUGGUACGCCAUGAAAACAUAUCGAUUUCAAGGGGAGUAACAGACACAGACAUCGUCGAGAGUCGCGAGUUGUGACAUCUUCCAUAUUGCCUAAUAAUAUCAAUUUUUUAAAAAUGAAUUGACCUGGCUUGCACACGUAUCAGAUGGGACUAGAAAUCUCAGGAUUACUGUCUUAUACAAACCAUAGUGUUGACUGUUGGUACCAUUUCUAUUUUGCCCACGCAGCGCCACGCCACCAUUUAACUUGUAUGAACAAGACUGGACAGGCUGUAAAUUAUAUAUAUCCUCAGAGCCAAACGAAAACGAAAGAAAAUGGCAAUGGCUGACGGAAGUCCGCCUACACAUGACGCAGACUGGGAGAGAAUUAAAGCACUACGGCGGUUCCGGGAGCUGUUCCAUGGCCGCUUCACGGACGCUGAGGGAAACAUCAUCAUGCGCCACACUGGCUGGAGCGCCGAGGCCGCCGUUGGGUUUGUGCUUCAAGCGUCCCAAGAUGAUAUCAAUUCUAUUUUGGAUGAAAAUAGUUGGCAGGUAGUGACACGUGUCCGGCGGAACACGGUGCUACGGGACAUCGCGCGCCGAAACGAGGUUGGCGCUGAGAUCCGCCAGUUCACGUGCCAGGAGUGCGACAACAUGUGGUGGCGAAAGGUCCCAACGAGAAAACCUGUCGCGCGUUGUCAUUUGUGCAGGGAAAAGUUCGACCCACUUGCCAGGAAUAAGGAAUUCGGGUUGGCAAAAUUUGUUUGUGCAUGCGGCAACGCUUUCCGUGCGUUUGGUGCGAUGGAUGUCAGCGCAUUGGGUCACAACAUGCUGGGAAAGAGCAAGUGCAUGUGUUACUCGUGCAUGCAAAACCUCUGUGAACCGGUCGAGAUCCUGCCGCCUUUCAAGGGACGAGAGCGUGAGGACGGCCGAGCACGUCACCGAUACACACACAAAUGUACCGCAUACAACUGCUAUAAGCGAUACAAUCCUUUACCGGGGGAGCCUGUAGUUCCCGUCUGCGUGCACCCGAACUCGCUGGAGCAUAAGGUGAUUGAACCAAGCUCGGGUCACGUGAGCACGGGCUCCACGGUGAAGACUUUCCUCACGCAGGACGAGCUCGCCCCGCCACACGCCCCGUACGAGCCCAGCCUCGCCAGCAUCCCGGACUUCAGCGACGACGACAACGCGUAGCACGAGCCUAGCCUCACAAUCAAUCCGUUGGACACCGACGACAAAACGCGUAGCUGGUUAAAAUUAUUAAAUGAAAUCCUCAUCUAUCAUGUCAACCUUAUGCUUUACACAUAUUUCAUCAUGGCAUUGUUUUUGCGUGUACACAAUAAUUUUUCAAUUUUAUAUUAAGUAUGCAUAUUUAAAUGUACUUAUUAUGCCCCCUUCGAAGAAGAGUGGGUAUUUUGCUUUGCACAUGUCGGUCGGUCAGUCGGUCCGUCGGUAGACCAAAACUUGUCCGAGUGAUAACCCGACAAUUCCUGAACCUAAAACUUGACAUGAAGGUUGGGCAUGGCCAGAACAUGGCCCCUAUUGAUUAAAGGGGUCAUCGGGCCAAAGGUAAAGGUCACAGUGACCUUUAACGGGAAAUAUUGUGUCAACCCUUGUCCGAGUGUUAACCCAACAAUGCCCGGACCUAUGAUCAUUACUUGACAUGGUGGCUGGUCGUGAUCAUUAGAUGGCCUAUAAUAAUUUUAGGGAUCAUCAGGUCAAAUGUCAAGGUCCCAGUGACCUUGAACGAUACAAGGUUGUACGAGUUAUAACUCGACAAUGCCUGCACCCUUGACUUGGGGGUAGGGCCUGACCGGUAGAUGACCCCUAUCGAUUUAAGGGGUAAUCGGGUCAAAGGUCAAGGUCACAGUGAACUUGAGCGCAAACUCAACAAUGCCUGGACCUAUGGUCAUCAAACUUUACAUGGAGGCUGGGCCUGACCAGCGGUUGACCCCUAUUGAUUUUAGGGGUCAUCGAGUCAAAGGCUAUGGUGACCUUGAACGCAACAAGCUUGUCCGUAUGAUAUCUCGGCAAUGCGUUCACACAAGGCACUCAAACUUGACAUUGAGGUUGGGGUUGAUCUGUAGAUAAACCCUAUACAUUUUAGGUCAUAUAGUAAAGGUCAAAGUCACAACUCAUAAGGUUUAUCACAAUUUACGUCUUAUUUACUUAUUAUCUGCUGCAAAGAGGAUACAUGUUUAUCUGCAAAUAUCAUUCAUCAUCUGAACUGAACAUGAUUAAACACUGUACCAACUAUCCACUUUGAAUGGCCAUAAUUUUAAAACUGUCUCAAAGGCAUCCACUGUCAAUGACAAAUCAGCUGUCAUUUCGGUCCAUGCAUAUUUCCAAAUAUUUCCUAUAUUGUCCAAAUACUCCUAACAACAUGGCGAGGGGGGGGGGGGGGGGUGCAUAAGACAUAAUUUGAUAUUGUACAUUAAUAAGAUACUGAUUCACACAUGUAUAUUGACACAGUUACUUACAUACAUUGUAUAAAGAUUUAAGAUAUUUUAUAAGAAUAAAGCUAACCAAUAUUUUGCCUUAAACUUCAUAACUGUUAUUUCAUUUCAUUUCUAGCAUUCAUAUCGUAUAUAAGCCAUACUCUAUGACCGAUCACCAUUCUUACAUGCAUAAGACAAUUGUUCGAUGAUCAAGGGUUUGACUUAUUUCAUUGUGUUUUUAACUUUAUUUUGGGAACUGUUUAAAACUAAAUACACUUUGUGCUGUUUUUUUCUGUUCUGUUCCGUUCUGUUCUGUAUUUAUUGUACAUAUAUCAUUCAAUUAGAGGUGGCAGAUACUUUCUAUUUAAAUAAAUAUUUUAUCAUUCA